AUCGAGUCAGUCGCAUUGAGUAUGAACUUCCGUUUUCCUCUUAUUGAGGCGUUUGCUCUCUCUCGUCUGUGUGUGUCUGCAUACGGCUGCAGAAACAUCUAGUCGCUCGGAUUGAUCAGAAAUCAUGAGAAGACAAUGGCCCUGCUCGAAAUGUGGAUAUGCAUGUUCGUCGACAUGGAGAAGUCUGCAUACAUCAAAACCAGUGAUCUGCAACACAUGCAGAUCAAAGGCGAAUAAGAACAAGGUCGCGGUCAGUCCUCCUCCCGACCAGGCAGCAAACGAUAGCCAUGUAUCAGGGAAUUCAGUCUUUGAUCAGAUAAGUUCCUCCUCCGCCUCAAUUAUACAAGAAAAUACAACAUUUACCGUCAGCCAAAUCGGCAUGAUCUUCGGAAAUCUACCCUUUGAGCCAAACCUAGCUUUUCCGGCAAUGCUUCAAGACCAUUCACAAGAUCAACCCAUGUUGAAAUCCAAGGCUGCUAUGGAAUUUCAAGAUCAUUUUUACUGUCGAACGAGCUUGAAAACGUCGGCUUCUGUCAUGGAGGAUGGCAGCAUUCAGAUAAAGCAGGAAUAUGAUUGCCAACAGACACUGCUGGAAGUAGGAAACGUAUGCAUUUGGGACCCCAACAAAGUUCAAAGGAAAAAGAGAUCAAGGCUUCCCCAAUACACUCUAUCACCCCUAGCAAGAUUCAUCAAUCAGCUCCAAUACCAUUCGCCACAGUAUAAUCCGACCGUCAACUUCAACUUCAACUUCAACGACGCAUCUGCAUCAAGUCAAGUUGCGCAUGAUCAUGAUCAUGAUCAUGGUCAUCCCAAGUACGAUGACGUCUUGAUCUAUGAAAAAUGCAAGUAUGUAGCCGACAACGAGAUUGGCCUUGGAGCUGUGAUGCUAUCGCCUCCAGUCUCUUCUUUAGAGGAGCCAGAGUCGUCUGACUCCACAACAUAUGUGUCGGAAGAGGAGUCGUCUUCUACAUACGAUACGAGUGAUGAUACUAGCGACUCCAAUUGCCUCAUUGAUGUUCCCAUAAGAAGCAGUGCAUCCGAGUAAGCGCUAUGUAUGCAAAUCUGACGAUGAUGAGGAUGAGGUAAUGCAGUUGGACUGUGUGUUGUGUGUGUCUUUGGUUUAUGUUUGAUAAGAACAUAUGGAUAGUAAGUAUAUGUGUAAUAAUGUCGGACCUACUUUAUUUGGUUUUGAUGUUUGCUUGGAUAAUUUAUGUUUUGGUUCGAGUAUGUAUGGAUGUUGUCUUUU